CUGAUGACUUUUAACUUGAAAAAUGUGUGGACAGCUUUUAUGUCGUCGCAGAUUGACUACUUCUAUUACUUGGCAGGCAGUGUAAGAAUAUUGAUGCUUCUCAAAUAACGCAUUUUAAAUAUUCGCCAAUUUUACCACCACAGGAGGCUGUUGGAGGUGCUGCUCACUGGUUGAGUGCUGGUAUUGUCGUUUUGGCUGAGAUCAAUCUACACUUCGGCCUGCUCACAUUGACAAACAGACAACUGCGCUGUACCGACGCCAUGGAUCGUUCUCCCAGCACUAGUCAGCUGAUGGCCGGCAAUGUCACAAAUAAGACAGACCCACGGUCCCUGAAUUCAAGAGUCUUCAUCGGGAACUUGAACACUAUGCUGGUUACCAAGGCAGAUGUUGAAGCCAUUUUUAGCAAAUACGGCAAGAUUGUUGGCUGCUCUGUGCACAAGGGCUACGCCUUCGUCCAGUUCGCCAACGAGAGGAACGCACGAGCGGCUGUAGCAGGAGAGGACGGCCGGAUGUUUGUUGGACAAGUGCUUGAUAUUAAUUUGGCAGGAGAGCCCAAACCUCACAGGUCAAAUACAACAAAGCGAUCGGCCGGAGAUAUGUACAGCAGUAGUUCUACUUUCGAGCUUGAUUAUGAUUUCCAGAGAGAUUACUAUGACAGAAUGUAUUCAUACCCUUCCCGUGUGCCCGCUCCACCACCACCACCACCUCUCUCACGGGCUGUGAUCCCUUCCAAACGUCCGCGGGUCAGUGUGAGUGGGGGAACCAGCCGCCGCGCCAAGUCCAGCUUUUCCACUUCAUCCAAGAGCAGCCAACGGAUGUCUUCUCGAACCUUGAAAGCAGAUGACCUUCAAACUAUUAAGAGAGAGCUUGCUCAAAUCAAACACAAGGUUGACUAUCUUCUGCAGAAUCUGGACAGGAUGGAGAAAAACCACAACAAGAAAUCUGAGGGGAAAAGUGUGAAGGCAGAAGUGGGUGAGGCUUCCUCCCUUCAGCAUUCCAGCAAGAAAGACAGAGAGCGGGAAGAGCAAGAGAUAAAUGAUUCUGAGGAGGAGAGAGAUUUGUUGGAAGAGGAGGAGGAAGAGGUUAAAAGCCAGGGAGGAGAGAAUGAAGAAGAAGAGGGAGAGGAGGAAGAGGGUGAGCAUGAAGAAGGGGAAGAUGAUGGUGACAGCAUUAAUGGCGACGACUCAUAGCUUGUUUUAAACACCACGGAUACGCGACACGCACUCAAAAUUCAGCCCUUUCUGUUCUUUAGAAAGGUUGAAGCCAGUCUUUGAAAGAUUUGUCUUAUGAUGUAGAUGCCUGCACUCCUAUAAUAACUGACACUA